GCUUGUUGAAUCCGCGGAAGUGUCAUCGUGUUCGGACCUGAGCGGAACUUGUCGGAUUUAAAGCGGCUGGUUUUGACGAGUCGAAGUUGAUUCGAGACUUUUGGGACAAAAUGAGCACCGAGGAGCUCUGAAGCAGGAGGAGGAGCAUGUCUGUGGAGGUGGACUUGUUGCUGCAGGAGGCGAAGGAGAGCAUCGAGGCGGCCCAGAACUACCGCAGCGAGCUGCAGCAGCGCCUGCAUGGCCUCAGCCAGGCCCGCAAACAGGUCCGGGGCAGCUCGGGUCAGGCCCGUGAGGCCCUCCGGAGGCACUUCACAGAGUUGCAAGCGGCGUCGACUCGGUUGUUGUCGGAGCGGUUAGUCGGUCUGCUGUCGGAGGUGGAUGCCAUCGAGGCGGACAGCGUCAGGCCUCUGGACGAGUGUCAGAACCUGAUCGAACACGGAGUGGGUCAGGCUGACGAGCUGCUGAGAGAAGGAGAAGCUGCUCUGCGCUGUGGGCUGGGAGACAACGAGGACAAACUGGGCAGCUUCACCAAGAAAGCCAUGCACAUCCAGUUGGACAGCCUCCCAGAGGUCCCGGCUCUCGUGGACGUCCCGUGUGUUUCAGCACAGUUGGACGACUCCCUGCUGAGUCUUCUGAGGGACCGGGUGUCCCGUCAUGGAUCUGUGUCCUCCCACCCGCCCGUUCAGAUCGAAGAACUCCAGGAGAGACCAGGCAGCAUCCUGGUCCGUUGGUGCAAGGUGGACGAGGACUUUGCUGCUGCAGAUUACCGGAUGCAGUAUCGGCGCUCAGGCAGCGGGGGGAGCCAGUACGAAGACGCCUACAUCGGACGGGACUGUGAGUUCCUGGUCCUCCACCUGGACCCUCAUACGGACUACCUGUUCAGGGUCUGCGCCCGCGGGGAGGGUCGUACAGAGUGGAGCCCCUGGAGUAUCCCGCAGACAGGAUACACCACGCUGGCGCCACAUGAGUGGCGUUCAGGAACCGAGGGUUAUAUCCUGAGCAGCAGGAAGAACAUCGCUCUGCGUAACGACUCGACCCAGAACCGCUGCUCCGUCCUCUACUCCCAUGCCUCCACCUACUUCUGUGGCCAGACGCUCACCUUCAAGAUCUCUGCAGCGGGGCAGAUGGACCGGCGGGACAGUCUGGGCGUCUGUAUGGACCCUCUGCAAGGCGAGGAGUCCCUUCAGAGAGACCGGGCCGUCUGCAUCUCCACCAACGGAGCCGUUUUUGUCAACGGUAAGGAGAUGACCAACCAGCUUCCUGCCAUCGCCGUCGGCUCAGCCGUCACCUUUGACAUGGAGUUGGUCAACUUGUUGCCUGGCAACAACAACCUGAGCGAUGGCGUCGCUUUCAAGCUGAGGGUGACCAUCGGCUCCGGGAACCGGGAGGUGGUCUUUGACUGGCUGCUGGAGCAGGCCGUGGACUCCUUCUUCUUCGGCUGCUCCUUCCUUCACUCCGGAUGGAAGGUUCUGGUGUUCUAGAGGCUCAGGUCCAUUCAGCAGCAUUCCGUUAAGGUUCUGUCGUCCUCUCAGGUUCGAGGCAACUUCAGGGUCCUGUAGAGUC